AUGGAGUUUUUGCAAAACGUAACCGAGAAUGAUUUACCCUCCAAUAGUGCGUUCGAUACAUCAAAGUGCGAGCCAGGGACAUAUUACAUUCGAUGUCGCAUCCAAAAUUUAAAAGAUGCAGCCGAAUGGUUGGAAACAUUUGCUUCCAACACUUCCACGCAGUGGAGGACAUGGGAUUCUAAACCGAACGCUUCUCAGAAAAUUGUAUGCCAAAAAAAGUGGGUAUGCCACCAUAGCGCAUAUGCUAAAAAAGCGCUGGAUGAAUAUAAUAACAACAAGAGAGGUGCAUCUAAGAACACAGGCUGUUUGGCUGAAAUUGUAAUCACAGUAAAAGUAACUACUCCUUAUACCAAACGAACAGAUCCUUUCAUAAAGAAUGGAAUGCCUGGAAUCGUACAUCUUCGUGCACGUCAUAAUCACCCAUUAGUUUCACCAUCUGCGUUGAAAUGCUUAUCUACACCAAAAAGUGUACGCGAUCAAUUUCACGAGUAUUUUUCCAUGGGUAUGAUGCCUUCCGUCGCGAGCAAUUAUCAUGAAAACAAAUUACUUUUCGAAGAUGACGUUGAUUUACCUGUACAAGAUUCAGAUUUGCCAGUUGAUGAUAAAGAGGUUCUUUUGGAUCAUGCACGCUAUAAUCCUACAAAAAGGACCGUGAAGUACUGGUUUGAGCGCUGGAAAAACUUGCAAUAUGGUCCUAAAGAUGGUUCAAACUUGGAAACAAUUCUGAAUCAAAAAAUUGCUUCGUAUGCAUCGCAAGGUGUUACAGUACGUUAUGUAAAUAAUGAGCAAGAUCCAUUCGCAUUAGUUGUCAUUACUCCAAUAAUGGAACGAAUUCAUCAGUGCUCAUUUUCGAAAGAUGUGUUGUUUGUAGACACAACAUCGGCAUGUGAUCAUGAAAAUACAUCGAUAACAUUUCUUCUGAGCGUUACCCCAUGCGGUGCUGUUCCAUGCGGCGUUUUAAUCACAAAAGAACAAACCAAAGCAGCCUUUACUACUGGGUUUAAAUUACUUCAAGAAGUCGUAAGUGAGAAACUUGGUACCUCAUUUGGAGGACAAAAUUACCCAACAGUGCUAAUGACAGAUAACUGUAGUGCUGAAAUUGGCGGAGCACUUGCUAUAUGGCUGGACAGUAUCUCUCUAUUGUGCGUAUUUCACGUAUUGCAAUAUGUAUUGCAUUGGCUGCAAGAUAGCGCUCAUCAUAUACCAAAAGAACACCAACGGGACCUGAUUUCAACCUUCCAAACGAUCCUUUACUGCACGGAUAUAAACGAAGCAGAAAACGCCUUUGAAAGUGCCAUGGCUGUAGGUGGAUCUUUUCCGCAGUGGCAAAAUUACUUACAAGAUCAAUACAACAGCAAAGAAAAAUGGUGUUUAGCUUAUCGUAAAGGGUUAACUGGUCAUCACACCAAUAACUAUGCAGAAAUAUCAAUACGACUAUUUAAAGAAAAUGUACUCAAUCGUGUGAAAGCCUAUAAUUUUAUUGCAUUGCUUGAUUUUAUUGCAUCAACGAUGGAAUUGUUUUACAAGCGAAAAUUACGUGAAUUUUUUAAUUCUAGAGAUCGCAGAAAUCAUCUUUACUUGCAGUAUCUCUUGAAGAAUGCUGCAUACAUUCGUAAAGAAAACAUUGUGGUGAUUAAUGAACACACUUACGAAGUACCGAGUGAAAACGACCCAGCUACAAUGUAUAUUGUCAAUCGUGAACAGGCCAGCUGUAACUGCAAAGCAGGCCAAAUGCAGAAACUCUGUAAACAUUUCGCUGCAGUUUUCAAGUUUUUUGACGUGCGAAGCAACAUAAUUCCUGAUGUUACAAUCGAAGGUAGACGUACAAUGGCAUUCGUUGCAUUGGGAAAAGACAAUAUGCCUCCAUUUGAUUAUUUUCUCCCAUUACAUGUAAAUGAACUCACUCAAAACGAACGUGAAGAAUCGGCGAAAGAAAACUGUGAUCCUUCGGUCAAUAAUAAUCAUCCAGAGGCUCCAGAGCAACCCUCGUCAGUGUGCACUGAUAAUACUCUAGCGCCAAAUGAUGUACCAGUACAACAACCAUUAUGUGGAAAUGUUAGUUACACUUUUGAAGAGUUUUUAGAUGUUCAAAGGAAGCUUUAUGAGCAGUAUGGUGCCACUGACUCAAUAAAUCAAGGUAUCACCAAAGCAACCUCAAGAUUGUUGAAAAUUCGUUCCACCGGACAAUGGAGUAGUUACUUACACACUGUUGGGAAAAGCAUACCUCUUCGCCGCGCAACAGGGGCCAAAAUAAAGGUCCAACCGACUGCGAUUUCUAGAAGAAAGGCCUCAAAAAGUCGUCUACCAGUUGCGAUAAAAAGACGCGGUCGAAUUCAUCCUAAAAAGGGUGAAAAGCAUUCGAUUUCUACUUGUAUGUAUGCAUAAUGAUUAUUUGAAUUGCUCACAACAUAAGUAUGUUUAUUGUGUUUGAAUAAUUUUGACUAAAGAGGCAUACUAUUAUACUAAAUAUGAUAUAUUUUUACUUGCAUAGCGAUGUAGGUGGCUAAAACGCUAAAGUCAUUAUUUUUAAUUUUAUUACUUUGCCAAAUUGAUCGAAUUUACUCGUAGUUGUAGUCAUAAUGCACCAAAAUGUUUCUUUUUUUUUAAUUUUUUGUAUUUACGCAAGCUCAUUGUGUUAAGAAUGGACGUAAAGUUAUCAAUUUAUCGAUACCACUUGUUGAUUUUUACAAU